GACGUGUAAGGUUAGAGAUUUUCGUGAUUUUGUUAUUGAUUGCAUUUAUUAGCGAAAAUUUACGAAUUUUAAAGAGAAAAUAUAACAAAAAGACAUGUCCACUAAAAGUAAAUCAUCAGAUAGUUUGACUAAGAGUAAUGGAAACGACAGUAUUUGGAAAAGAGCGUUGUUACCCAAUGCUGAAUGGCCCGACAAGGAGGAGUUCCUUGACGUCAUAUAUUGGAUGCGACAAGCCAUAGGCAUUAUUCUAGGCCUUUGUUGGGGACUGUUACCCUUGAAAGGAUUUUUGGGUUUAUUGCUUUUCGUGAUUGUGAAUGCAGCAGUUAUUUAUGUAUAUGUGAGCAGCUUUCAAAAUGUAGAUGAAGAGGAGUAUGGAGGAAUGUGGGAAAUCACUAAAGAGGGUUUCAUGACUUCAUUUGCCGGAUUUUUGGUUACAUGGAUAAUCAUGUUCACAGGUCUUCACAGCACCAGUGAGUUAUGAGAUCAAACUGAAAACUAAGUGAACCAGUUUUAUAACAAAGACCUAUAAAUGAAGUGUGGUACAAAUGGUUUUUUGUAUGUUAUGGUAUGGUGGUUAUUUAAAUGUCAGUUAUUUUUCACACGCUAAUGCAUUUAUAAGUUAUUUAAUAUAUCAAAAACUAUGCUGCACGGGGCCACCUAUAUAUUAAGUCUUAAGAAAAGGGUGAAAAAUAUGUCAGACAUUAGACAGCAACUUUAUUAAUAGUUGUUUUGUAGGAUUCAAAAAAGUUUAAUUUAUUGUUGAUUUAAUUAAAAAAAGAUUUUAAAUACAUCAAAUAAUAUUAUAUUUAUAAUUUUGUGUAAAAUAGUUAAAAAUCUUGAUAUUUGUCUAAACCUGUGUUGGGAUGGCCCCGAAAGACAGAAACGUACCAGAGACACUAUCUGUUCACCCAAGUUGUACUAGGAUUUGCAAGCCCAUAUUCAUAAAUUGUAACACACUUGUAUCUAUUAUAUGACAAGGCUAUGUAUUUGCAAUAGAUCAAUAUUAGUUUGUUCCUAUUUAAAUCUAUACUUUUAUUUUACUCAACUUUGAUCUUUAUCCAGUAUGUAAUUCAUACAUGAUACAACAUAUAUUAGUUUACAAAA